CUCCCUCUCCACUCCUCAGCAUCUCAUCUGGCGCUCUCAUACACAAACUCAUCAUCUCUCUCUGAAAUGUUACCUGUUGGAAUCAUGAGCAUGUAUGAGAGAGCAAUCUCGGGUGAUGGCCGACACAAGAGAAAGGUCAUUGCAUGGGUGCUUGCAGUCUCUCUAGCAGUAGCUUUAUCUGCUGCAUUCUCUUUAUGGACUACGAAGCAUGCAUCGCAUGAGCUCAAGCCCUUAGAUACUGUCUCCAGAGCCGCUGCCACCACCACUGAGAGUGGUGUUGUCUCUGCCUGCAUGUACACCCGCUACCCGGACGCGUGCGAGGCGGCGCUCGCCUCCCUGGCUACGAGAGCAGGCGCGAAAGGACCCAAGGAGAUGUUCCACGUCUCCGUGGAGUUCGCGAAGAGCAGGGCCCUGUUGGCCCGCGACAUGGCCUACAACCUGACGCUGCCGUCGGCGCAAACGUCGACCUCGCGGUCGCCGUCCAGCGUCCACGACUGCCUUGAGCUUCUCGACAUCACCUUGGACCAGCUCAACGAUGUGCUGGAAGCGAAGAAGGGCGGGAGCUCGCACGACGCCCGGACGUGGCUCAGCGCGGCGCUGACGAACCAGGCGACGUGCUCGGAAAGCCUCCAGGCCGUCAAGGCCGAAGGCGGCGAUUCCUUGAGCGCCCGAGUGCGGAGCUUGUCGCAGCACAUCAGCAACUCGCUGGCGCUGCAGGGGAAGGUACAGGACGAUGAUGGCGUAGGUGGCGGCCGGAAGUUGUUAUCCGACGGUUUUCCGGCGUGGUUGUCGGCAGCAGACCGGAGACUGCUGGAGGCGUCUCCCGAUGAGAUCCGAGCCAACGCGGUUGUGGCCAAGGACGGCAGCGGCACGCACACGACCAUCAACGAGGCCAUCACCUUCGUGUCCUUGACCUCCUCCGGCGGCGGCGGCAGGAAGGUGAUAUAUGUGAAAGCUGGGACGUACGACGAGUACAUCAACGUCCCGACAAAGCAGAAGAACGUCAUGUUGAUGGGAGACGGAAAGGGCAAGUCGGUCAUUGUCGGCAGCAGGAACGUCAACGACGGGUGGACGACGUACAAGUCCGCCACCGUAGCUGCAAUGGGAGCGGGCUUCAUCGCCAAAGGCUUAACCAUCAUCAACAACUCCGGGCCAAGCAAGAACCAGGCGGUGGCCCUCCGGGUCGGCGCCGACAGGUCGGUGGUGUACCAGUGCUCCAUCCAGGGCUACCAAGACACCCUCUACACCCACUCCAACCGCCAGUUCUACACCGAGACCGAUAUCUACGGCACCAUCGACUUCAUCUUCGGCAACUCCGCGGUGGUGCUGCAGAACUGCUACAUCCAGCCGCGGAAGCCGGGCGGGACGCAGAAGAACUCGGUGACGGCACAGGGCCGGACCGACCCGAACCAGAACACCGGCAUAUCGAUCCAGAAGUGCCGGAUCCAGGGCUCUUCAGACUUGGGGAGCAGCACGCCCACGUAUCUGGGUCGGCCAUGGCAGAAGUACUCGAGGACGGUGGUGAUGCAGAGCUACUUGGAUGGUUCCAUCGACGCUGCCGGGUGGGAUAAAUGGUCGGGGAGCUUCGCGUUGUCGACGCUGUACUACGGGGAGUACGAGAACACGGGCCCGGGGGCGUCGACGUCGGGCCGGGUCCGUUGGGCCGGAGUGCACCCGGCGCUCGCCUCCGGUGAGGCAUCCAAGUUCACGGUGUCAGAGUUCAUUGUCGGAGACAAUUGGUUGCCUGACACCGGUGUUACCUACACUCCAGGACUUUAAUGUGGACCCUUAAUAGGCUUCACCUGAGUGUGUUUGGGCCUGAAGAAAAGCCCUUUGUGACUCUCUUAUAGGU